AUGACUUCUUCCAUUCCCGAUCCACCAACUUUCUACACCCGUUACACUGACACUAAUCUAAAACUUCUCGAAAAGAUAAAGAGCUAUAAAGGAAGCAAAAAAGAAGCUUUAAAUGAAUUCAAAGACGAACUGCCGCAAGAUUUUGACAUUACUGAAUUAGAACCGCCUAGACCUAUUGUUGAAGGUUCUUAUAAUGUCUUUGGUUUAACUUGGCAGGUUGUUUCGGUGAACGCGACCUUAGAUGAAAAUACCCCACGACUAUAUCCAGAAGGAGACUUUGAUCGGCAAACUGAACUCAAAAAACUUAACAAAAGACUAUGUAGAAAGUUCAUUGCGUUACUUGGGUCAUUGAGCGCAGAACCUUUUGAUGAAAGUAAACCAACCACGAUCAGUAAAGAUUUACAAGACACAUUUAUGAAUAUAAAGCAGCUGUUGAAUGAGUACCGACCACAUCAAGCACGUGAGACAUUAAAGUUGAUCAUGGAGAAUCAAUUGAAUGAAAGAAAGCGAGCAACACAGGAAGUAAAAAAGCGAUGCUCACAAUUAAAAGAUCUGUUAUCAAUGGUGAAGCAUAAAUGGAGUACAACUGAUCAGCUAAAGAUGACUAUGCCGGACAAUUCUCAGCUCGGACAAUUUCUUCCUGCGCGCCAGCAAAACUCGCAAUCCAUAUCAUAUAAUUUAGGUCCGGCGACUUCAAAUCAGAUGCUGCAAUUAAUCGAUUCACUUCAAUUAUAG